GUAUUUAUGUUUCUUAAUCGCACAAACCAAAUCAACACUUAAAUAUUGUAAAACACAAAGCAUUUUAUUUAUUUUAUCACUGUUGUCACAUAUAUAUCAUUUUUUUGUUACUUCUAAAAUUUUAUUACACUUAACAAUCAUACUACCAGAAUAAAGUAUUUUAUUAUCAUAUUACUUGUUUCCACUUUAUGAUUUCCACUACAUUAUUAACACUUUGCAUAUUUCCACAAUUCAUAUUCUAAGAAAUCAAGAAAUUUACACUGACAGAAAAAUUUGUUAAUUUCGUUGUCAACAUACAUGAAAUAUCACAAAAAACAAUUUCACAUACAAAUACACGAUGAAUGGACAAUAUUAUUUAUUUUUUUUUUAUAUUCAGUUUGUAUACAUACAAAUUUUUACAUUUGGACUAACUUUCAUAACUUGACAGCUUUGAUCAAAUCAUUUAAAAGUUGACGAAUCAGAAAAUGAUAAUUAUUAUAUAUUCUAUAGAAAAAUUUAAAUGAUACAGAAAGUCUUACAUGUAUUUUUCAUCGUGAAACGUGUAUAUCCUUUCUUGAAGUGUUUACAUUUUACCCCGUUCAAGGGCGUCUAAUGUUUCUUUCUGGUAUCUUUAAACAUAACCAUAGUUUUCCGGCAAGAUAGUAUACGUACUUUCGAUUGUCGAUCAUGACGGACAGUAGUGUUAGCAGUGUACGUCGCGUGGUGAUCGAGAAUUUACAUUUAAAAAUAUUAAUAUUUUUCCAACUUCUCUUUUAAAAACAUAAAAAUAUUUAUAAAUAACGGCUGUUAUAAUGAAGAUGCUUGAAAGUACAUUCGCGAUUUACAUUUCAAACAUCGGCUUCGUUGGAAAAAUUAGCUGUAAUAAGUGAUACAAAGUAACAGAAAAUGUAUAAUUAGUUAAAUAAUAUACAUUUAAAAAGGAAAAUAGUACCCAAGAGAAAUGUAAAAAUGUUAAAGAAAUGAAAUAGACUAUGGCUGAUUGCCAUGAAGAUUUUUGCAAUUUGAAAUUUGAGAAGUUUGGAACUAUUUAUUAAAACACAAUUUUUUUAAGGAAAAAGCUAAUAUGUCUACUAAAACAUUUAGUCGUAGAAUUCCUAAUAUAUUAAAAAAUAAUCUGAAACCACAAAAAGUUACUGAAGUAACUUUAGAUGAAACAAGUAAAAUUUGUAAUAAUGUCAAAGAAAAUGUACAGAAUUCAUUUAAUCAGAUAACAGUAUUGAGUAAUUCAUCUUCUGAAAAGAAAUGUAUUAAAAAAGGUAACAAAUAUAGAAGAUCAUCUAGUAGAAGAAAACAAGAGCACAGUUUCACAGAUGUAUGGCAAGAAUCACUCAGUUGGAAUAUGUAUUCCUUCAUGGAUGACAAAGGAAACUCGAAAGCUUGCAUUAAAAGAAAAAAAUCCAGAUAUUUCUCCAAAAAACAAAGCAAAAAAUGUGAAGUGCCUACUACUAAAAUUGAGAAGCCAAAAGAAAAUUUAUUGCCUGCAAUAUCACAUGAUAUAUCAACAGAAUUAACAUCUGAAUUUCAUGAUGGUUCUUUUUUGGAAGAAACUGAAGCUGUGGAUUUACAAAAUCCUAUUGAUUUCUCAAGUAAUGAAAUAUUUAGUAACUUUAAUUACAAAUUCCAGGAUGCAAAUGAAAUAACUAGCUUCACAGAGUAUACAAUGGACUCAGAUGAAAUAUUUAAUUCCUUUGGUACAAUGUGUGAUAGUAGAAUUUGUGAAAAAGAAUAUGAUAUAAAUGACAAUGAAAUAGAUACACAUAAAUCACAAUAUGUAACAUCAACAGAGUGUUGGGACAAAGACACACAACUCGUUGAUGAAAAAGAACCAAGCUGUUCAACAGAUUGUUGUAGUUACUGUCUCGAAGACUGUGCUUCACACUGGAUAGCAACCAGUAAAUUAAAACACAUGAUGUCACUGAAAAACAAAUUUCUAUCAGAAAGUUCUGUUACCACAGAAAAUGAUAUAAAUUAUCAAGUCAACACUGGUUAUUCAACUGUUGAUACUUUAGAAGAAGACUUUGAUGAGAAUAGUACAUGUUGGCUAAUAACAUGUACUCCUGAAACUUCUUCAUCAUGUGAAUUACAAGACACUGAAUCAUCUUGUAUCGAUACAAACAAUUGUUACAAUCAACAAGAUAUUAAAAAAGAGACUCUUGAGGAUUUAACUACAAUAGAAAGGAAAGAAUAUAAUGCAUCUACCGAUGACAGUAAUAAUUCUCCUAUUAAGUCGAGCAUGGAUGCAGUUUUCUAUGAGUCUGAUGAAAACAUAAAAGUUAAGUAUCAGGAGGAUACAUUGCAAGAUCAGGAGUAUUCUGAAAAAGAUACAAUUGAUGAAAGGUUCCAGUGUGUGUUAUGUCCCCUAAUGUUUUCCUCGGCCCGCACAUUGGCGGUACACCAGGCAGCAGCACACGGAGGUACGUACGUAAUACUUUGCGAAAGCUGCGGUAGGCUUUUCAAUCGAAAAUAUCAUUUCAAUAGACACUUCAUUCAUUGCGGCCGAUUGAAAGAACCAUACGAAUGCGACAUGUGCAUUAAAGCGUAUAGACACAGAUCGUCUUUAAUUCAACAUUUAAAAGUCUUUCAUGGCGUUCAUUACGCUCGCAAUCAUUCCAAAACAUUCACAUGUAGCGUAUGUAAAAAAAUAUACAGUAAGCUCGGUGCAUUCGAGAAUCACGUAAGACGACAUAAAAAUAAGUGAACAAGUGGUAAGUUACGCUACAUGGGAAAAUCAUUUUUUUAUAUUUGUUUACUUUUUAUUUAGACUUUUAUAGAGAAACCAAAGACAUUAUUAUCAAAGUAUUAUAGGGUAUAGAAAUAUAUGAUUUACGCAAUCGUAUUGCCGCAAUCGUAUUUGAUUUUCAAGAGUAUCGACAGUAAUAGUAACGACAUUGUUUACAACAGUUCAGUACCUAUGAAUUUAGAAAAAGCAAUGCUUUAUGGGAUAUUACUUAUCCUUCUGUAAAUUUAUAAAUUUAAAUUUUUACAGUAUUUACUUACUUGAAGUUCCUUUUAUUUUUACAUAUUUUAUUUUUCAUUAAGUUUAUAUGUUUUUAUUGUUUCUUUAUAAGCGUGUAUUCUUGUUUUUUUAUAUCAUUUGACAAAUAAGCAAUAUUAUGAAUUAGGUUAAAGGAAUUCUGUUUGUUAAUAGAUAUGAAAGUAUCUAGUGUAUGUUAAGAAAUGUAUAUUUUUCUACUGAA